AUGUACACUAUGCUAGAUGUGGGGGAUACACAUCCAGAAAACACUGCCCCUUCCAUCAAGUUGCUCAUAACCCAGGAGCCUAACAGGAACAAGCUGAACCCCAGCAGCUCCCAAACAGACACCUGCCUCUCGGUUCUCCCCAGCCUCUUAUUUAUUUACUUUGCCGGAUGGCUGUUUCUAACGAAGCAGCGUCUUGGCAGCUCCCUCGCCUGUCCUUCAGCACCACGCUCAACCAGCGAGAGGGGUCUGCGCCUCGUCCCACUCCUGCGCGGGCAACUGGGGCCUAGGGCUUGGGUCACGUGUUCAAAGAACGUCUCCGCGCCUGCGCGAGCGGCCGGCGGAUGUCCAGAGAUCCUCCCGAAAGCCGCUGGGACCCGGGGCCUGAGCCAGGCAAGGCCGGGCCCAGUCCUCCGCUCACCCAGCCCGCGCGUGGCUCCGCCUAGGUUGGGAUCAGGAAGGGGGCGGGUCCGCCGGCAGGGACGUCUCCAAAGGGCUGUGUCCCUUCGUGAGCUUCCCGGAGGUGCUUUACCGCUGCGUUUGCAAAGCGCAGCGCCAAGUACUGGAGGGCGAGUCAGAAAGGUGUCCAUAUCCCGAAUUGGUAAACCCUUUAAUCUUCAUUUGAGGAGUCUGAUAAGCAGCAAUAUCUUCAGAGAAGGACCAGCCAGAGAGUCAAAUAUGCACCCCCAACCAGUCAUACAGGAUGCCUGGCUUCUAGUCACCUGCCUUCCAGCUUCCCCACGCCAACAGCCUCCAGAGAAGGCACCAGGUUCCAGGUGCCACUGCCACAGACUGACCUGGUGUGUCCCCGCCGGCUCCUCCUCUGGGCGUGUGACCCUGGCUGCGGCAAGGUCAGAGCAAGAAAGACGGACUGACCUUUGCUCCAGGAUAUUUGUCAGCUUCUCUCAGUGAAUAAACAGCUUUGCCGUCACCAACACAGUCUUUCUGGAAACUCAGCUGGCACUGCUGAGUGCCCAAAGAAGCCUCUUUGGGCUGAGAAGAUAUGUGUCUGUCACCCUCCUUACUUGGGAAAAUGCACUGUGUCCUGCUCUGAAUUCACAUCUGUAGUUGAUCUUGGAACUGGUCACAGUACUAUGUGUGGCCAGUACAUGAAGUGCACUCCCAGACCCAAGACCGAAACAAUAGGUUGCUGUGUUUUCUCAGAGUGCUUGGAGUCCUCGAGCCUCAUCCCCGCUACCACUAGCCAGUGCUUGCCCUUCUUUCUGUGACCUGGCCCAUCUUCCCAAGGCACCUUUCCCAUCAGCUCCUGCUGAACCCAAGCCAGUCCACAGCACCACACACUGUGGUCCCAGAGCCCCAGGGCAACAAGGAGUCCGCCAAGCUGGGAAGAAAUCACAGAACUCAGUCCUGGUGGCACACGUCUGGUGCCAGAUUUCUUAGGAAGAAAAUCAGCUUCUGCCCAGACAGCAACAUAACUUUUUCCCCCAAUCCCUGGCACAGAGGCCGGGCCACGAUCGCCAACCUGCCGUGAGAACACAGGAAUAUGUCCACUCUGUCACCGGCAAGUCCUGGCAGAGUCUUGCUGUGUUCUGAGACAGCACCCUCAGUGGAGAACUCCGGGCAUCAUGUCGAGGCAGCUUGAAGUCUUCACUGGAGCCAGAGUCUUGAUCUAUGUGGCCCAUCAACUAAAAAAAAAGUUUGAACAGCAUCGUUAACCUAACACAACUUACUUUUCCAUAGGACUCUAAGCUUUCACAUGCAUGCUGUCAUUUUUAUUUUGGUUUUCACAGUGGCCUGUGAAGUAGGUAAGCUGGAUACUGUCGUUAGUCGACGUUCAGAGGUGACAGAGCAGCAGCUUAGCGUGUCUAAGGCCACACGACCCCCAAAUGGCAGAACCGGGACUGGAGUCUGGAUCAGCGCCGUCCCCUGACGGUUAACCUCUUCAGGACCCAGUGCCAAGUCUCCCCAGCUUGCAGCAGCAGCGACCGCACGGACCACCAUGGGCUCCCAAGCCCCGCUAGCUGCAAGGGCGCACAGACACUGAUGAAUGUUCUCAAAGAUCCUAAAGACAAGGCUGAGCGGAAGCUUGCAUCAGAGGGACAGGUCCUGGCCAAUUGUUCCCCAUCCCUGGUGACAGGUACCAUCUUACUAAAUCUGUAAAUCGGUUGUGCUGAGACUAUAACAGAGGAUAUCGUCUGAGGAACCUUCCAAUUUAGCAGACAAUGAGUAUCCGCAAACAUUUUGGGGGCCUGAUCCAGAAGCUAUAGCUUAUGGCCAUGUCUUCCAAACACAUAUGGAAGAAGAUACGCACAUGGGUCCAAACCACUUAACACAGUUGUCAAACGACUGAUGAUACUGUAAACUUAAUGGCUGCCAAGGUUAUGUCCAAUCAAUUCAUUCAGUUCCAUAAAGAUUUAUCGAGCA